AUGAUUGUAGACUAUGCACUUCCUUGGAGCUUUAUUAAACGUCAUCUCCCAACACGAGUCAGUCUAUCAUUAAACAUUAGAACCUAUAUCAUCUCGCGCUAUUGUUCACAUCGUAAUGCUACAUUGGACACACUAUUACAUCUAUUGGAAUGGUCACCUGACUAUAACCCCAUACCAUUUAAAGAGUCAUUCAAUGUCAAUCUAGCAUCAAACAUUGCAAAGACUGGUCGUAGAGAUAUUUUAGAGUUUAUCAUCAACCGAUACCCAAACAUCAAUUUAAGCAAUGUCAUUGAUGAAGCUGCCAAACAUGGUGGUGAUCUAGCAGUAUGGUUGAUGAAAACUUUUAAACAGCUGAUUGAUUAUCCACCCCGUUUAGCUUUACUAAACGCUGCAAACCAUGGUAAUCUAUCAGUCAUUGAAUAUUUUCAUCAAUUAAACAAUCAUUGUCAAUUUACUACCAAUCAUAUGGAUUAUGCUUCAAGAAAUGGUCAUCUUGAAAUUGUAAAAUUUCUUCAUUUUAAUAGAUCAGAAGGAUGUACACAAUCUGCUAUUGAUAAUGCUUCAGAAGGAGGUUUUUUGGAUAUUGUAAUGUUUCUUCAUCACAACAGAACAGAAGGAUGUUCAAAAUCAGCAUUUAAUAAUGCUUCAAGAAAUGGUCAUUUUGAAAUAGUUAAAUUUCUUCAUUUUAAUAGAACUGAAGGAUGUUCAUUUUAUGCUAUGGAUGGAGCUUCUACUUUUGGUAGUUUAGAUAUUGUAAAGUUUCUUCAUUUUAAUAGAACUGAAGGAUGUUCAAAAGAAGCUAUGGAUAAAUGCAGUAAAUUGGAAAUCAUUCAAUUCCUACAUUUUAAUAGAACUGAAGGUGCUACCACACAAGCCAUGAACAAAGCUUGUGAAAGAGGUGAUUUGGAUACUGUAUCAUUUCUUUAUCAAAAUAGAUCAGAAAAAUAUUCUAGUAUUGCCAUAGAUAAUGCUUCAAAAAAUGGUCAUUUAAAUAUUUUAAAGUUUUUAGAAUUUAAUAAAAUAUUAGAAUAUAAUAUUUUAACAAUGAUUGGAUUGGUUAUUCAAAAUAAUUGUAAAUUAGAGAUAUUGGAAUUUCUUUAUCAUCAUGUAAAAAAGGAGGAAAAUGUUCCUCCUUCUUCAAAAGAAAUUUCAAUUGAAAAUGCAAUAUUAAAUGAUCGAUUAGAUAUUAUACAAUUUCUUUAUCAUCAUUAUCCAAAACUAAUAUCUACCUCGAAUGCAAUACAAUUAUCAGUCAAAUAUGGUAAAACAGAAAUUUUAAAAUUCCUCUUUCAAGAAACUAAAAACAAUCAUUUAUUAUUACCAACCUCUGCAAUGGAUACAGCAUCACAAAAUGGUCACCUAGAAAUGGUCAAAUAUCUUCAUUCUAAAAACAAUCAAUGUACAACCAAUGCUAUGGAUAUGGCUAGUUCAAACGGCCAUUUAAAUAUAGUUCAAUGGUUGCACCAAAAUAGAUCAGAAGGACCUACAAAAAUGGCAAUGGAAUAUUCACUUGUUCAAGGUAGAGUACAAGUUGCACAAUUUCUACGUAAACAUUAUCCAAGAGAAUCAAAACGUAUACGUCAAUUAGAUACUAGUAUCCAUUCAAUUACAAAUUAUGUUCAAUAUUGUAAAACUUUAGAAUAUAUUGAAUCAAUUAAUAUUAAAGCAAAAAUAAAAAUUGUAGAUAUAAAUCCUUUACCUUGA